UGUGGAUAAAUCUCCAGGACAACUUUGGGUGGCGCCAGAGCGCAAGGAAAGAAGAAAAGGAGGUGGAAUGAACACAACUCAUGGGUUAAUCUGCCCAGAGCAUCGCUUCUUUAUGGCUUCGGCCGUCUCCACAUCCCACAGCUAGAUGAUGAUGAUGAUGUGUGAAUGUAUUCAGCGGGUGGUGGUUGGACUUGCCACCUGUCAGGAAUGGUAAACGGGGCUUUUUUUUCCUCUCUGCUGAACACCGAGCCGACCUCUCCCUACUUCUUCUUCAUUUGGGGAAACAUUUUUUUGUGUGCAUUAGUGAAAUAAACGCGGAGAACUUUGGCUGCCCGGCUCUUGGCGCAAAGAGAAAGUGAAGUGACAGUGUGGUGAGAUUAUAACCGGAGUCUCUGUGCGCUUUGAAGAUUAGAGAGGGUUGACGACGUCUGAAGGACACUAAGAACUGGAUUAGGUAUUGUGCAGUCUAACCUACUUCUUUCUCAUCACUCUAUAUACAUCCCCCGUCCUCUGAAUAUUUGCGCAAUGACCUUUGGUGCACUUGGAAUACAUGCGGGUGCGUCCGUGAGGUGUGAGUGAAUUUGACUAAAGGGCGAGAUGUGGUGUGAUCACAGGAACUCAAAUCAGGUGGGCCGGCAAUAAGGCUUGACAGAAGAUGCGACGGGGGUGGUGGCUCGUCAGAUGGCUGGGGACAGGAAUGGCAAUCCUCUCUUUGCUAACCCACAGCUGGGGCCAGGACACAGGAGACUGGCAGUACGAGGAUUGUAAACUGUCCCGGCCCGGCCCCCCUGCAACCAUAGUGACCAUUGAUGAGGAGAGCCCCAACGGAACAGUUUUGGUGGAAAACAUGCAGAUAAAUGGCCACUCCCAAGGCCCAGACAAAAGCAUCUCGCUGACGUUGCUGGACAACUAUGACUACUGGGUGAUACUGGAACCAGCACGACAGAGGCUCUACCUCAACAGCACCGGGCGCGUUCUGGACAGAGACCCCCCCAACUACAUCAGCACCAUCGUGGUUCAGGUCCAGUGCUACAAUAUUCUUGUCGGUACCGUCAUUUUGCACGAGGUGCGGAUUGUUGUGAGGGACAAGAAUGACAACAUCCCUAGCUUUCAGCAGCCACGCUACUAUGUAGCAGUAAACGAGCUCACACCAGUUGGAACGACCAUUUUCACUGGCUUCUCAGGAAAUAAUGGAGCUACGGAUAUCGACGACGGGCCCAAUGGACAUAUAGAAUACGGCAUCCUUUACAACCCCAAUGACCCGGCAUCUAACAGAACAGUGAGUGUUGCAAACACCCUUUCAGGACACAUUACUCUGGCAGAGAGGCUAAACUAUGAGGAGAGGACUCGCUACCUGGUUUUGGUCCAAGCCAAUGACCGCGCUCCGUACCCCCCCAACAGACGAACGGCUACCACGACCCUGACUGUGGACGUUCUGGACGGAGACGACCUGGGCCCCAUGUUCCUGCCUUGCAUUUUGGUGAACAACACCCGCGACUGCAACCCCCUCACCUACCGUGUUGCUAUCCCUGAAUUCACUGAACCGAGCAAACUGAACCCGCUGAAUGUGACCCCUAUAAUCCGGGCCGUGGACAUGGACAGAAACAUACAGCCCCCGUCAGACAGACCAAGCAUUCUUUACUACAUCCUUGUUGGUCAUCCAAGCACGUAUCCGGAGUAUUUCUCCUUGAACAGAACUACUGCAGAGCUGCGUGUUCUGCAGCCUAUCAGCAGGGACUUGUAUCAAAGGUUCACGCUCAUCAUCAAGGCUGAGCAGGACAACGGCCACCCCCUCCCGGCCUACGCCGACCUCAUUAUCGAGAUCCUGGACGAGAACAACCAGGCGCCAUAUUUCCAGUUUGCCACCUAUCAGGGCUAUGUGAGCGAAUCCUCCCCAGUGGGUACGACUAUCUCAGCCAGUGCUAACCUCACUGCCCCCCUGGGAGUCAUCGCUCUGGAUAAUGACAUUGAGGAGACGAAAGACCCCAUGGUAAAGAUUACCCUGGAUGACUACACCACGAUCUUCAGCCUGACCCCGACUGGGAUAAUCCGCUACCUGAGGCUCAUCAAACCUGUGGACCGGGAGAAGCAGAUGGCCUAUACUUUCACGAUGGUGGCAUCAGAUGGCGUCCAGCAGAGUAUCCCUGUAACUGUCAACAUCCUGGUCAUUGAUGCCAAUGACAACACGCCCACGUUUGCCGAGGUCUCCUACAGCAUUGAAGUCUUCACAGACAUGCAGCCGGGGGAGACGGUACUACAGUUAACAGCAGCAGAUGCUGAUGAGGGACUGAACGGUCUGGUGACCUAUGAGAUACUAGCCGGCGCCCAGGGAGACUUCAUCAUUAGUAAUCGCUCUGGACGCAUCACUGUGGCGCCUGGUGUCACUUUGACUGUGGGACGAUCCUACGCACUCACUGUCAGGGCCGCUGACAAUGCACCAGAGAUCCAGAGAAGGAGCUCCAUCACUACAGUGUACAUUGAAGUUUUGCCUCCCAACAACCAGAGCCCCCCACGCUUCCCUCUCCUCACCUACAACCUUGAAGUCAGCGAGGCCAUGAGGAUAGGAGCUAUUCUGCUCAAUCUGCAGGCCACAGACAGAGAAAACGACCCGAUCACGUACCGCAUUUUGAGUGGGGAUUCCCAGAAGGUCUUCAACCUCUCUGAAACGAUUGGCCUUCUGCUUCUGGGAGAGCCUCUGGACAGAGAGACCAUGGACCAGUACCGUCUGAUUGUCACAGCCUCCGACGGCAACCCUGGAGGGACAUCCACUGCUACUGUGAACAUCGUCGUCACUGAUGUCAACGAUAAUGACCCUGAGUUUGACCUCGCCAUACUCACUAAUUUUACCGUACGAGAAGAAGAGGCCAAUUUGUUUGUCGGAGAAGUCCUGGCUACAGAUCCAGAUUUGGGGGUUAAUGGCCAGGUGCGCUACCGGAUCGUGAAUCAUCCAGACUUGUUUCUAAUCGGUGCGAACGGCAGCAUCUACACAAGAGUGCCUCUUGACCGGGAGCUCAGGAGCCAAUAUGACCUGGUGGUAGAGGCCUCAGAUGGAGCAGUGGAUCCACGGCGGACAACCUUGACCAUCUCAAUCCAGGUUAUGGAUAUCGAUGACAACAGCCCGGUCUUCUCCCAGCAAACGUAUGUGGUGAGCGUACCCGAGAACAGCCCCGUGGGAACUCUGGUCCUAAAGCUAAGUGCGGUGGACUCCGACCUCUUCUCCAACGUCACGUAUCGGAUCAAGACUGAAUCGGCCAGGCAGCUGUUUUCUCUGAACCCCGUCACGGGGGAGUUAGCCGUGCUGCAGACCCUGGACUUUGAGGACCUGGCAGCUAUGGGCAUGGGGACCUCUUACACUUUCCAGGUGGAAGCUGUCGACCAAGGAGGGGUCACGCCCCCAGGGCUGGCUACCGUCACGGUCCGCAUCACGGACAUGAAUGACUUCUCCCCCAUCUUUACCCAAGACCUGUAUAAGGGCAUGGUGGCACCCAAUGCAGAGAAAGGAACGGUCAUCGCAACUGUUUUUGCUCAGGACCAAGACCCACCAGGUACUCCAGCCAGUUUUGUCCGCUACAGAGUGGACCUGGACAGGUCGCCGUACAGCGGGAGCAUCUUUGAUGUAGAAGAGGAAACUGGAAGAGUCAUCACUAAGGUCAACCUCAAUGAGGAGCCCAGUGUUACCUUUGAGUUGUUCGUGAUAGCCUAUGAUGAUGGGGAGCCGGUGAAGACUAACAGCACGUUGGUGGAGAUCACUGUUCUGCAGCCUUCCCGCAUCCCAAUCUUCACCCAGGAAGAGUACAGGUUUCCUCUAGUUAGUGAGCUGGCUCCAUUUGGCACACCGGUGGGGACUAUUCUAGCUGCUGCCAUCAAUCAAACCAUCUUCUACUCCAUUGUGGCAGGAAAUGAACUAGGUCAUUUUCAGGUGAACAACAAGACAGGCGUCAUCUCCACAGCUAAACCUCUGGAUUAUGAAAAUGUGACCAGCUACGUCCUCCGGGUCCAGGCUGACUCGAUGGUGAUUGUCUUGUCCAACCUGCGUGUGCCGUCUAAAACUAACACAGCCAAGGUGUUCAUUGACGUGCUGGAUGAGAAUGACCACCCUCCCAUCUUCACCAGGCAGCUCUACAUAGGCGGCGUGACGGAAGACACCAAGAUCUUUAGCUCCGUGCUCAAGAUAGUGGCCAAUGAUAAGGACACUGGAAAUUACAGUAAGAUGGCAUACCGCCUGAUUAUCCCACCCACAACAGAGGGCCAGGACAGCUUCGUCAUCGAGACCUACACGGGUAUCGUCAAGUCGGCCAUGAUGUUUCGAAAUAUGCGUAGGUCCUACUUCGGGUUUGAAGUCAUUGCCACAGACGACUAUGGAAUAGGUCUCAGCAGCAGUGCUGAAGUGGUGGUUUCUGUGGUCAACGCGUUGGACAUGCAAGUUGUUGUAUCCACCGUCCCACCCACCUUAGUGGAGGAGAAUAGGGAGGAGAUCAUUCGGAUUCUGGAGCGCCACGUCCAGGACCAGAUUCCAGGUGCCAAGGUGAUUGUAGAGUCAAUUGGGCCGCGUCGUCAUGGCGAUGGCUUUGAACUAGAGGACUACAGUAAGUCGGACCUGAUGGUGUACGCGAUUGACCCGCUCACCAACAGGGCCAUUUCGCCCAAGGAGCUCUUCAAAUUUCUCGAUGGGAAUGUGCUGGAAAUCAACAAAGAGUUCCAGCCGUUACUGGGGGAGGGCGGCCGCGUCCUCGAGAUCCGCUCUCCAGACAUUGUGGCCAGCGUGAAGAAGGCGGCGCAGGCUGUGGGCUACACAGAGGGAGCUCUCCUGGCCCUUGCCAUCAUCAUCAUCCUCUGCUGCAUCCCUGCCAUCCUCAUCGUCAUGGUCACCUACAAACAGUUCAAAGAGCGACAGGCAGAGUGUGCCAAAACUGCCAGGAUUCAGAUGGCUUUACCACCAGGAGGGAAAGCACCCCCAGCGGGUGCUCCCACUGCUAACCUCUAUGAGGAGCUGGGCGACAGCAGCAUGAGGCGAGGCAGACAGCAACAGCAACUGCUGAGGCCAUCUCUUCUGAGACCUGAGGAACUCUCCAUGGAGUCCGGUAUCGACCCAGGCCAGGACUACUACGCGCAAGACUACUAUAAUUACGACCAAGGGUAUGACAUUCCUCAGUAUGGCAGUCGGAGGAGGCUGAUAACUCCCAUGUACGAUGAAUAUGGAGAGGUGAUCGUGGAGGACGACGGGUAUUACUACGGUCCUCAUGGCACUGAGGACCGAGGCAGAGGCAGGGGCCGCGGUAGAGGUGCACCCAAGCGAGUUGCCUUUAGGGACAUGCCGCCAGGGGAUGAAAUCGAACCAGCUGAGCCAGCAGAGGCGGGCGAGCCUUCUAAGGCUGCCAAGAAACUGAAGUCUGUCAUGAAACUCAGCAAAUUCCUGGCGGCCAGCAAGCAGCCGUCUGAUGCCGGUCCUUCUGGCAAAGCUUCAUGGAAGAAAGCCAAGAUGUUCAAGAUGUUUGGUGCCGGCAAGAAGGACAAGGAUUACGCCAAACUGAUGUCAGCCCGCCGUAUUGACAGCCAGGAGAGUCUGACUGGCGGACCAGCCGGCUUGGGACCGAUCGACAGCAAGACUGAUACCCGCAGCCGGCUUGGCAAAGUUUUGAAGAAAAUCAACUUGGGCAACAAGUUGCUGCUUCGGAGGAAGUCACAGAGCAGCGUGAGUCGUGGCUCGGGCACAGGCAGCGAGAGAGACGAGGAGGCCUCACAGGUAGCCAGUGAAGAUGACAAGAAGUCUAAAGUGUCCAUUAGUGUGACAGAAAGUGAGCCAGAGGCAGGUGCAAGUGGGAGCGGUAAGGAGAGAGACUCUGAUGAGGAAUCCUCAGAGAGAGGCAGUGUUGACACAGAUCAUCUGAAAGUAGAUUUGGACAGGGAUGAAACCAACGAAAGCACUGUGGACUCAGAGGAAGAGCCUGACGAAGAGCCGGGGGAUUCUGAUGAGGAAAGCAAGUCCAAAUCUGAAGGAGAAGAAACUGAGAAGGAAUCUGUCAGUGAGAAAGAAUCUGGGACGGAAAGAGAAUCGGAGUCGGAGAGGUCUUCGGCUACAGAGAAAGAAUCGGAAACUGAGAAGGAGUCUGAGUCUGAGAAAGAGUCUGAAUCUGAGAAAGGAACAGAAUCGGGAACAGCAACAGAGAAGGAAACGAGCACAGAGAAGGAUUCAGGGACAGAGAGAGGCUCUGAUGAAGAGUCUGAGGAGGAAGAGGCUUCAGGGAGCACUAGAGAAAGUGGGUCUUCUGCCCGCUCUUCCAUGAGAUCAUCAGCUACUGAGGCCAGCAAGGGGAGCGGCGCUUCAGGCGUGAGUGGCAGUGGAAGUGGAAGUGGUAGUGGGAGUGGUAGUGGUAGUGGUAGUGGCAGUGGUAGUGGGAGUGGGAGUGGCAGUGGUAGUGGUAGUGGGAGUGGAAGUGGCAGUGGAAGUGGGAGUGGGAGUGGUAGUGGUAGUGUUUCCAGAGGAAGUGCAAGUGAGAGGGGCAGUGGUAGCAUUAGCAGUGCGGCAUCUUUAUCUGGCUCCACUGUUAGGUCGUCACAGAAAAGCAGAUCAUCAGGAAGUGCCGUAACCUCAGAGAAGUCCAGUGAAGAACUCAGUGAGGGCGAGUCAGGGACAGGAACAGCCAGCGAUGCAGAGUCAGGGUCAGGGUCAGGGAGUGAAGGCUCUUUGUCGCGAGAGUCCAGCCAGAGGAAAACGUCUGGGUCAGAGUCCGAUGGAGGCUCUGCAGCCGGCAGCCAGAAAACAGACCAGAGUUCCCAGGGCAGCGAGGAGAGUUCAGCUGGUUCCCAGUCCGCCAGUGGCAGCCGGCGUUCCCAAAAGUCCAUCCUGAGCCGCAAAUCUGAGGACACAAUCACAGAGGAGAGUGAAGAAGAGGAUGAGGAAGGAUCCGAGACUGCUGACGAGAGCAAAGAGUCAGCCAGCGAGUUAAGUGACGACGCAUCGCCCGCGAGGUCCAGCGUGGGUUCCGGAGACCCCGGGCCCUCUUCUUCCUAUACUGGUCCGCCAUACAGCUCCGAGGUCAGAAGCAUCGGGGACACCUCUGUAGAGACAUACGGAGGACUGUCCCCUAUCACCGAGGUGGACGAGGACGCCAUCUCCUCUGACAAAUCCUCAGCCAGCGGCUCCGGAUCAGAGGCCGGCAGUGCGUCGAAGGCUACGUCGGAUGCAGAUUCAGAGUCUGAAGGAAACUCAACUUCCUUCUAGAGAGAUAUAUUGUCCACUGUGAAGUAAGAGAGUGAAUAAAAUCAAUUACCCUUGCAUGGGAGUGAAGAAAUAUUGCUUGCUACUACAGAGUGUUUCAAACGUCCACUUUUUCCUCUUUUCCCCUAAGCAAGGAAAACCGUCGGAGGUUUCCUGCUGCAAAAUCUCAGAGUUUUGCUCUCUUUCUUAGACCUUUGACUUAUUCUUCUCUUUGAUGUUUCCUGGGUGUGUUUUUAUGCUUUUACUUUUUGUAUAACAUCAUGCUCUUGUUUCUACUGUGAGAUUUUGCAUGUUGCAGUACUAUCUGCUUUGACUGAGUGUUUUCCUCUGAUUUUGAAAUGAUCUCUUUCUGGGAAUGUACAGUAUUACUCUUUUCCAUAGAAAAACAACACUUCUCCUCAUAAAUACAAAAACACAGAACUGCAGAUACUUGAUCACAGGAUGGGGUUUAUACUCUCAUUUGUUAGAGUAUGAAUUCUUCUUGAAAGUGCACAGUUAUAUUACUGUAAAAACACCAUUUUAUGGCCAUAUGUUUGAUUUGUGGAAAGCAUCUUUGUUCAGUACAUAAUAAUCCUCAAAUAUAUAACAGCAUAACUUCUGCUAAAAACCUGAAUAUUUUUUCUGGAACAAAGAAGUAAAUUAUGGAGUGAAUUCCCCUUAAAUACCGAGAUCUUGUACAACCCAGCUAUCUACAGUUUCUGCAGUGUUUGUGUUUGCUUUCUUUUCUGAGACAUUUACAUAUAGACAAAUCCGGCGACCACUUUGUGUGUUCUGCGCCGCCAAUACUGCGGUGGCAAGUCGUGGUGACCCUAACAGUAUUAACUGGUGAUUUUCAGCCAAAUGCAUCCUUGGUUGGUCGUGGUAACUUACGUAAAGGGUUGGAGUAGAUAAUAAACACAGAUGAGUACGAGGUCACAGCUUCUGUCACAACGAGUAACCAUGAUGCACUCGGCUGAGAGUCCCCAGUUACCACAGUUAGUUACUUGCAUUCAAAGGCGCACAUAUUGUAGGGAGACGCCACCGCAGUAAUGGUGACUUGUUUAUUUCCGGUACUUCCCAGGAUUCAUAUAUACUGUACCUUCUGAAAAAAAACAGAUAUUGACCUUG